AUGAUGAAGAUCCUGACAUUGCUUUGCAGUUUUGCCGCCUUGGGCUCAGCGACUCCAGCUCCUUCACGAUGGCAAAGCAAGAGAGCGUCGGCUGCUGCACCAGUUUAUGCAGCUCACGCCAUUGACCAGCCUAUUGAUCAUUUCCCGAAAUCUGACCGUUAUGAACCGCACACCAAAGACACGUUCAAGCAGCGGUACUUCUUCGACUCGUCAUACUACAAGCCUGGAGGACCAGUAUUUCUAUAUAUUGGUGGAGAGACGAGCGGAGAAAGUCGAUUCUCGAACCUACAAACUGGGAUCAUCCAGAUUCUCAUGGAAAAGUUCAAUGGUCUUGGAGUCAUUCUAGAGAACCGUUAUUAUGGACAGAGCUGGCCCUACAACACGAGCACGACGGAUGAAUUGAGAUUUCUUACCACCGAACAAACCAUUGCCGACAACGCGUACUUCAGGCAACAUGCUACGUUCCCUGGGGUCAACAGCAGCCUCAGUGGUCCUGAUGUUCCAUGGAUCAUGUAUGGUGGUUCUCUUGCCGGUGCACAUACUGCCUUCACUAUGAAGACCUACAACUCCAUCUUUGCUGGCGGCAUUGGUAGCAGUGCUACCACCCAAGCAUUGCUUGAGUAUCCUCAGUGGUACGACCCGAUUAUCAAGUACGGCCCUGCAGACUGCAUUUCCAGAGUCGUCAACAUCGUCGACAAGAUUGAUGCUCUUAUUAAGUCUGGUGAUAAGCAAGGCAUCCAGCAACUUAAGGACAUAUUUGGUCUUGGUGCAUUGCAGAGCCUAGGAGACUUCGCUAUGACGAUUGCGUUUCCCAUCGGUGGCCCUAUGAACUACCCAACUAACACCUGGCAAGAGCUCAACUGGUCCGACCGCUACGGCUCCAGCGACUUUUGGGACUUCUGCUCCAAUGUUACAAACAUCAACCCCCCGAAGAACAUCAGCAGUGUUGACACCGCGCUUUCGAAAUACUCCAACGGAGAGGCUUGGACCGGCUUAGGCGGAUACGCCGAUUACGUGAAGAAGGUUCUCAUCCCAACCUGCGAAAGCGGUAGAAUCGACAGUACAGACACCGGCUGCUACGGCACGCAGAACCAGACUUAUUACGCCGAUCCCACUAACGGCGCUUCUCGAUCAUACCUCUACUCGACAUGCGCCGAGUCAGGCGCCUAUCAAGUCGCCCCCAAACAUGGCCCGUCGCUCAUCUCCCGCGUCUUGCAAAUCCCCUACACGCAACAAUGGUGCACCUGGGCCUUCCCGCCUGGCAAACACAACAGCAUCCCUAAGAGCCCUGAGCUGCACUACUACAACAAGUACGGUGGAUGGAACACCCAAGCACCCAAUCUUGCGCUCAUUGACGGAAGUACCGAUGUCUGGCUUGAUCUCUGUUAUCACUCAGACCUGGCGCCCAAGCCGAGAGUUAGCAGCGACAAGUAUCCGAGUUAUCUGAUUGCCGGCGCGGGACAUCAUUGGGAUAGUUUCGGGAUCAAGAACGUUACUGCUGAGCCGGCGUAUAUUCGCGAGGCGCACCUCUGGGAGGAGAGGACCGUGAGCAGGUUUUUGCAGUUUUGGUCGGAGAAGAAGCAUUGA